GUUAUGAAAAAUAUCAAAAACAAAAUAGCCGACAACUUCGGGUGCGUUCAAAAAAGACACCAAAUCAAUAUUUAAAAAGACUUCUGUAUUUUCUCUCUACCUCAACUGCGCACUGAUUGAUAGCAAUAAUUCUAAUAAGCAAAUAGCCAUUAGUUAUCAAGAGCACGUCCAACUCGUUGUUGGCAACAGUUAUCAGGCGAACAAUUUGAAUAAAAGUAAUUUGGAAAGCGAGAUAGCAUUUAAGAUUUCACCAUGUCAGCUGAUUUGGAACUUGUCCGAAGGCAUAUUGGAGAAUUUCCGGACUUCCCUAAGCAGGGAAUUAUCUUCAAGGAUAUCUUCACUGCUUUAAGGAAAGGGGAGGUUUGUCAGGCCCUGAAACGUUUACUGGUGACGUAUGUUUUAAAGAACCACCCGGAUGUCGAGGUGAUAGUGGGUCUGGAAGCACGAGGAUUUCUCUUCAGCUUAUUAUUGGGCGCCGAGUUGGGGAUAGCAUCUGUUCCGAUUCGAAAGAAAGGAAAACUACCGGGAGAAUGUGUUCAAUUCGAAUACAAACUUGAGUACGGAUCUGACGUUUUUGAAAUUCAAAAAGAUAGCAUAGUGACCGGACAAAAAGUUCUCAUCAUAGAUGAUCUGCUGGCAACCGGAGGCACGCUGGAUGCGGCCAAUAAUCUCGUCAAGCAGUGCGGCGGAGUUGUCGUUGAGGAUGUGGUGAUCAUGGAGCUGACCACCCUCGGGGGUAGAAAACGGCUGGAGAAAAACGGCGCUAAAGUACAUUCCUUCAUUCAGUACGAUGAUAUUGAGUGAGAUUCAUCCAAACCCAUACAGGUGGUUAGUGAAUGCUCAAAAGAGACACCCUGAAAAGACGCGCUUUAAAUUUGAUUGUUUUAUUAAAUUACUUCUAAGUAAAUUUUUCUAGUUACCUCGAAUCAA